UAAACUUCUGGUGGACUCACCGGACUGGCAGAAUCCACAGGGAAAAAUACAUCUAUUUGACGAAUCAAAGUUCACUCCUAUACGCAUCCGUCACUUUCCUCCAUUAUUCUCGUAGAAGAAAAGGAAUUCCUCAUCACCCAAAAGUGACAUUCACACCCAAAAACCAAAAAAACCCAAUCUUGAUCCCAAUUUUCUCAAAAUUCGCCUCUAAUUUUGGGGUUAUUCGACGAGGGGCUCGAAUUUUUGAGGUUUUGGGGGUUCAUAAGACAAUAUAUAUAGUGUAUCAGGGAGGUGGAAGAUGUUAUCAGAUCAUUUUCAAAACGGGGUGGAGACGGCGAAGCUGAUGUGGUCACGGAUUCCGGCGACAGAGGAGGAGGAAGUUGGCGAGGUGGGUCCAUCAAGAAAGGGCAAUGGGAGCACUGUGGAAAGUCUUGAUUAUGAAGUUGUUGAAAAUUUUGCUUAUAGGGAAGAGCAGGCUAAAAGAGGAAAGCUUUAUAUGGGAUAUGCUGUUUUGGUUAAGUGGUUCUUGGCGUUACUAAUUGGAAUUGGCACAGGACUUGCUGCUGUUUUCAUUAAUCUUUCCGUUGAAAAUUUUGCGGGAUGGAAGUUCUCAUUAACAUUUCAAAUUAUUCAGAAGUCAUACUUUGCUGGAUUUCUGGUGUAUAUUUUGAUCAACCUGGUUCUAGUAUUAUCUUCUGUAUAUAUUAUCACGUGCUUUGCACCAGCAGCGUCAGGAUCAGGAAUUCCUGAAAUAAAGGGUUAUCUAAAUGGAAUUGACACACAUGGUAUCCUUCUUUUCAGAACUCUGAUUGGAAAGAUUUUUGGAAGCAUAGGUUCAGUGGGAGGUGGUCUUGCUCUUGGCAAAGAAGGGCCUCUUGUACAUAUUGGUGCUUGUAUUGCUUCUUUGCUUGGACAAGGUGGAACCACAAAAUAUCACCUUCAGUCAAGGUGGCUCCAAGUUUUUAGCAGUGAACGGGAUCGUCGUGAUUUGGUGACUUGUGGAUGUGCUGCUGGAGUUGCUGCUGCUUUUAGAGCUCCAGUAGGUGGUGUAUUAUUUGCUCUUGAAGAGGUCACUUCUUGGUGGAGGAGUCAACUAAUGUGGCGGGUCUUCUUUACCUCUGCAAUUGUAGCUGUUGUUGUCCGUACAGCAAUGGGAUGGUGUAAAGAUGGAAACUGUGGUCAUUUUGGCGCUGGAGGCUUCAUUAUAUGGAUAUCUCUGGGUAGAUUCCGAACUCAUUUAAGUCUUCUACACUGUAUCCUAGUUACACUUUUGACCUCUUACAAUUCUCUCAGUGGUCAAGAGGACUAUUCUUUUGAGGAGUUGUUGCCCAUGGCAGUUAUUGGAGUUAUAGGAGGUCUCCUUGGAGCGUUAUUCAAUCAGCUUACCCUCUAUAUGACACACUGGCGUAGAAAUUAUUUGCACAAGAAAGGAAUUCGUGUGAAAAUUAUUGAAGCUUGUCUCAUCUCUGUGAUAACUUCAGCUAUUUCAUUUGGAUUGCCACUCUUUAGAAGAUGUACUCCGUGCCCUGAAGCCGAUGCUAACUCUGGCAUUGAAUGUCCGCAAGCACCAGGAAUGUUUGGCAAUUAUGUUAAUUUUUACUGUCAGAACAACAAGGAGUACAAUGACCUCGCAACCAUAUUCUUCAACACUCAGGAUGACGCUAUAAGAAAUUUAUUCAGUGCGAAGACAGCUCAUGAAUUCAGUGCUCAAAGCCUACUUACAUUUUUGGUUAUGUUUUACACCUUGGCAGUGGUAACCUUUGGAACUGCAGUUCCAGCAGGUCAGUUUGUGCCAGGCAUCAUGAUAGGAUCAACUUAUGGACGUCUUGUUGGCAUGUUCGUGGUUAGCUUUUAUAAGAAGCUGAACAUUGAAGAGGGGACGUAUGCUCUUCUAGGUGCUGCAUCUUUUCUUGGAGGCUCUAUGCGUAUGACUGUAUCUCUCUGCGUCAUCAUGGUGGAGAUUACAAACAACUUAAAGCUUUUACCUCUAAUAAUGCUGGUUCUUCUCAUCUCAAAGGCUGUUGGUGAUGCGUUUAAUGAAGGAUUAUAUGAAGAACAGGCUGGAUUAAGGGCAAUUCCAUUACUUGAAUCUAGACCGAAGUAUCAAAUGCGCUAUAUGACGGCAAAAGAGGCAUGUGGGAAUCAAAACGUUGUAUACUUCCCUCGGGUUGUGAAGGUUGCAGAUAUAGUUUCUAUUUUGAGGAGCAAUGACCACAACGGGUUCCCUGUUGUUGACCACGCAAGAAGUGGGGAGACACUUGUUAUUGGACUUAUACUAAGAAGUCAUUUAUUGGUACUUCUACAAUCAAAAGUUGAUUUUCAGCAUAGCCCUUUACCCUGUGAUUCGAGAGGUGAUCUUUUGCCAAUCAGGCACAACCUUAGUGAAUUUGUGAAACCCGUUUCUAGUAAAGGGAUAUCUCUCCAUGAUAUCCAUUUCACUCCUGAUGAUCUGGAGAUGUACAUUGAUCUUGCCCCAUUUUUAAACCCGUCUCCAUAUGUUGUCCCAGAAGACAUGUCAUUAACGAAGGUAUAUAAUCUUUUUCGUCAACUAGGACUGAGGCACUUACUUGUUGUUCCACGUCCUGCUCGUGUUAUUGGCAUGAUCACUCGAAAAGAUCUGAUACUUGAGGAUAAUGAUGAUCCAACGGCCGUAGAGCUCCAAUCAACUAGUGUAAGAGGUACACAAUCUAACCAUAGAGUGAUAACGAGGAAAGGAGAUGCACAACAGCCGCUUCUUGAUGGUCUUCUUUAAAAUAGAAUCCCAGCGAUGCACUGCUGUUUCUGCAGUGAAGAGUAGCUUCCAGCGUCCCCUCUCAAGAUUUGGUGGCAGUAGAUCUCACUUCAUAAUCUAUCGUCAUUAGAUUCUAGGAAAUGUAUAGUGUAUUUAUUUCCCCUUGAGAGUCAUGGGAUUAUUAUAGCAAUCAGUUCAGUUUUUAUUUUAUUUUUUGUAUUUCCUGCAAAUGGUGUAUGAGAAAUUAGUUGAAAAGCUGUGCUCCUUUUCAUGGAACA